CGAAAACAUCCUGCAGUACAUGUCCGGCAAACAUAGCUACCUUUUUACCGCUAACGUACGGCAGUAUGGGCCGCAAUCAUCAUUUGUUGGACAGCUUUGCUUCUAUUUCGAGGAUCAUGCUUCUUUUACCUCUUCUACUAGUUUCUGUGACUGGCUCCCUCUCCGCCGCACACCCCCACCCCACCGACUAUGUCAACGUAACAAGCACGACCUACUACACUCAGAUCGCGAUCAAAAACUCGCUUCCAGUACCCCUAAAGCACAUCCGAUUCGCCCACAUCAGCAAGCAGGAGCUGAACGUCCAGGCCUGGGAUAACGUGCCGAGCGGCCAGACCCUCCCCGCCGUCUGGAUCAAAUAUGCGACAGGUAUAUUCACUGGCAGCGACACCUGGAACCUGGAUAUCACCUUCGAAGACGGUGAGACCUUCUACAUCGACCGCGACAGCACCUGCAACCUGCAGGAGUCCGACAGCGGGCAAGUGUACACGUGGACCAUCGAGGGAUCAACGUUCCAUAUGCCGAUGAACAGUGACGGCAUGAACACGCAGAUCCACAACAACGACGACGAGGAUGAGUUCAAUACCUACGCGUUCGCACGGAUCAAAAACGAGUUCGACCAGACGUUCGAAUGGUCUCAACUCGCGCAUACGCACGAAGGGACGGGCGAGAGGCGGAGCGCGUGGACGAUCUCGAUCCCUCCCCAGGGUUUCUCGCCGGUAGUGCCGGUGUACUUCACCACGGGGUUUGGAAACACGGAUACGGAUUUCUGGGCGGUGCGCGCGAAGUACAGUGCCGAUGGCGGGGCGCACUACCUCCUGCGACAGGCGGAUGAGAACUACAAGUGCAUGCUGAAGUCCGGGGAUGCGGGGCAGUUAUUUCAUGUGGGCAUUCGGGGCCAGCAUUCGAGGAGUGGGGAUUUUAUUUUGGAUAUUCCGAGCGGGUCGUGUACGGUUGGACUGGUGCAGUCGAAGGAGGGGACUACUGGGGGUGUUAAUGUUGAGUUGUAGGGGGUGCUGGGAAUAGCUUCAGCUUACUGCCUCGGCUACUGUGUAGAUCGUCGACGAGUCGUGGAUUGCCAAAUGCGGUUUGGCGCCAUCUUUGCAAGCCGAGAAUUUCUUGCGUCUUUUUGCUCACGCGCCCCGCGUAUUUCCAAU